AUGAUAAAAUUACUCUCUCCAUCAUUUAUUCGUCGAUAUCAAAUUCUAACUAUAUUCUCUUCAUUAAUUAUUGCUUUAUUAUUAAUCUGUUUGGAUGCAUCAUCAUGGAGAAUUAUUGAAACAAAUGAUAAAAAACUGUUAGCUCAGUUCUAUUCCCCUUUUCAAUAUGAUUCAUCACGAUAUUCUUCCAAUACUGGAAAUAAAACAUUUAAACUACAUGUUGGUCCAUUAUGGAGAUGUCUUACUACAACAAUCAAUGGAAAACAAAUAUUUAUCAGUCAAGAAUGUACUAUAAAUAAUGAUUCAUUUGAUUAUAUUAUUAUUUCAAUCGGUAUCGGAACAUUUAUUUUAUAUACAAUCAGUUCAAUUUGUAUUAUCAGUGGAUGUUUAAAAUAUUAUAUAGAUAUUAUUCGUUUAUGUAUGUCAUUUAUACUUGAAUUAGCAACAUUAUGGUUAAUCUAUGGUUUUUUUCAUAUCCAAAAAGUCUUAGGUCCAUUAUAUGGUUGGGCAUCGAUUGGUUUUUUUAUUGGAAUUAUCAAUGUUAUUAUAAUAUGUGUACUUGAAUGGGAUGAUUAUUUUCGAGAUGUUUAUAAAAAAAAUUGUUCUUCAAUGGAAAUAGAUGCUAAUCAAAAAGUAACUGCAUGGAUUAGUAAUAUAAGUCCUACAGAAAUCGAUCCCAGUUAA